CUGGGUCCCGACGACCAGUAUGGUAGACUGGUCCCGACCGCCUCCUCCGCAAAACCCCGCCUCGCCGCUCUCGGGAGGCGAUUAGGGUUUCAACCCCACGCCUCGACGCGGCCGCUCGAAUCCCUCCGCCAGCGGAUCCCGGCUCCCGUGCUCGCUUCCACUCCGCCGCUGCUGGAGUCCCGUCCGCUCCGCCCUCCCAGUCGCCGUUGUCCUACGCCAGUCUCGCUGGCGCUCCGCUCCGCCGCGCUUGGUGUCUCGUCUCCGGCAACGUCGCCGCUAGGGUUAGGGUUCCUGCAACCUACGCCCCCCGUCCCCCCCCCCCCCAACCGCCGCUCGCCGGAGAGCUCGACCUCACGGGGUUCUCCUCCCCUCGGGGGCCCUUCCCGUGCUUCCUCUUCGCCACAUGCGCGAUUUCGACUGUUUUGGGGUGCGGUUGGGGCUGAAAUAGUGAGCUUUAGAGUUGGAAGUUGUCAAGGAAACUUGUUCCACAGUGGUUUGUCUAUUCUGUCGUAUGAAUCAGUUGCUUUUGAGGUAUACCUCGUAGUUAACAAUGCAAACAAGAAAAAAGGGUGCUGCACAAUAUGCAGCUGGGGAUCAUGCCAAUUCUAAAAUAAGCAAGCCAUCCAGAAGAGCAACUCAGUUUGCUGCUGCUGAAAAGAAAGUAACUGAUCUCAUUACAUCUUCUUCCAAGAAGCAGAAGUCUGUUGACUUUGCUUCCAAGAAGCAUUCUAAAGGAGGAAGGAAGCUGUCAGUUGCAUUUGACACAACUGAUACUGAAAAUGAAGCUCCUCAGGUGGCCCCUAGUAUACCCCAUGAUCAGCAGCACUCUGAUGGUAAUGCAGAUGAUCGUCCAAACAAUUCCAUAUUCUCCCCUGCAUAUCAUCAUCACAAGGAAGGUGGUCUGAAUAACUUCUCAAAAGGCUUAGAUCAUAAAGGUGCUCCAUUAGGUUCAGCUGGCUCGUUAGAAGAACAGACAACACAUGCUCAUGGUAGUAAGGAAACUACCCUAAAAUCUGGUUCCAGUCAUUAUAGCGAAUGCGAUAACCUUGCAUGUAACACUCGUGAUGGGACAAGUUGCACACUCAAUUUGCAAGCAACUGGGCAGAACACAUUGCUUGAAGUGGAUGAGUUCAGUGAACUGGGAAAUCUUUCUUCAGAAGUGUCAGCAAUAUAUCUUGCUAUGCAGCAGUCUAAGUUGGAGUGCAUUGAUGAACACAGUCAAGAUUCUACCUCAACAGAAGGUUAUGUUGAAGCUGAGGAAACUGAGGAGUAUGAUGAAUUUGAUCCAUAUGCUUUUAUCAAAGAUUUACCUGAUCUAUCUAUGGUGGUCCCCAAGUUUCGCCCUGUUCUCCUUCCAAAGCAAACCCGGAGUUGCCCCAUGACUACUCUUGUACUUGAUCUAGAUGAAACACUCGUGCAUUCAACUCUUGAUCACUGUGAGGAUGCUGAUUUCACAUUUCCAGUUCAUUUUAACUUUAGGGAGCACACAAUAUAUGUUCGAUGCCGCCCCUAUCUCAAAGAGUUCUUGGAGAGGGUUGCUAGCAUGUUUGAGACAAUUAUAUUCACUGCUAGUCAAAGCAUUUAUGCAGAACAACUUCUGAAUGUUCUUGAUCCUAAAAGAAAGUUGUUCCGUCAUCGUGUUUAUCGUGAGUCUUGUGUCUAUGUGGAGGGCAACUACCUAAAGGAUCUAACAGUGCUUGGACGUGACUUAACUCGCGUUAUGAUUGUUGAUAAUUCUCCUCAGGCCUUUGGGUUCCAGUUAGACAAUGGCAUUCCUAUAGAAAGCUGGUUCGAUGAUCCUAAUGAUAAGGAGCUGCUGGAAUUGCUCCCAUUUCUAGAAAGCUUGGUUGGCGUUGAAGACGUUCGGCCUUAUAUAGCGAGGAAGUUCAACCUUCGGGAGAAGGUAGCUACUGCAUCUUCUCUCACAAUGGACAUGCAAAUGUGAUCCACUGUUGCCAAGGAUUAUUUCCAUGUUAAGGUGGUAGUAGUGAUAAAUGUAGAAAAAAGGCUGAUAUGGUGAUUCUGUUGGCCGUAGUAUCUCAGGAUCCCCCCAUGUUGCAAUGUUGUAUGUUUUGUCGACCGCCAUGUACAAUUUUCCGCGGCUGUAAGCUUUCUUACUAGAAACAAACCAUCUUUGUAUCA